AUGUUCAGAAAGAUCCACUCCAUCUUUAGCUCCAACCCGCAGAGGAAGGCUGCAUCGGAGAACCCCUACUGCAAUGGAGCCAGCCCCGCCGUGAGGCUCAUUAGAAGCAGCUCCAUGUAUGUGGUCGGGGACCACGGCGAGAAAUUCAGUGAGUCAUUAAAGAAAUACAAAAGCACAAGCAGCAUGGACAGCAGCCUGUACUACCCUCCCCAGGAGGAGGACCGGGCGUGGAUGUAUUCACGCACACAGGACUGUCUGCAGUACCUGCAGGAGCUGCUGGCCCUGCGCAAAAAGUACCUCCACAGCUUCAGCGACCUCAAGUCCCAGCGCGCACAGGGUGUCUCCUCCACCUCCUCCAAGACCUCUAAGGGAGAGAAAAAGAUCUUUGGCCAGUUCUCCCCUAAAGAAAUAAAGAAAGCCACCUCAAAGAAAUAUUCGCAGUUCACUGCCGAUGUGGCCGAGGCCAUCGCCUUCUUCGACUCCAUCAUUGCAGAGCUGGACACAGAGAGGGCGCCCCGGGCUGCUGAGGCCGACCUGCUGAACGAAGACGUGGACUUCGAUGUGGCCACCAGCUCCCGGGAGCACAGCUUGCAUUCCAACUGGAUCCUGCGGGCGCCACGCAGACAUUCUGAGGACAUUGCUGCACGCGCAGGCCACACCUCAGACAGCCAGUUUCGAAGGAGCACUGAGCGCAGGACCAUUGGCACCCAAAGGAGACUGGAGAGGCACCCCAUUUACUUGCCCAAAGCUGUGGAAGGGGCAUUCAACACCCUGAAAUUUAAGCCCAAAGCCCACAAAAAAGACCUGGGGAGCUCCAGACAGAUCCUCUUCAACUUCUCAGAAGAAGAUACGGAAUGGGAUGCAGAGCUCUUCGCACUGGACACCCUGGCACCUCCAGGGGAGGACUACUAUGAGACAGAGAAUCCCAAAGGGCAGUGGCUACUUCGAGAAAGACUGUGGGAGCGGACAGUGCCCUGA